GUUGAAGUUCCUAAUAUGCAACUGCUGCGUAGAUAAUUUGAUCGCUUUGCAUUAUCUACACUUCAUUCUCCCAACUAUUUUAACAUAUUUCGAUUUCAUACAAGAUGGAUGGAUUGACAUCUCUCGCGAAAUUUACAGAUUAAUUUUAUCUUGGAAUAAUUCCAUG